AUGCCCCCGCCGGUGGUCAGCCUGGCCGACUGCGCGCUCUUCUUCUGUCCCUGGAAGCCGCGGAGAGCGAGAGCGGCGGGGGCCGCCGCGGCGGGGCGGCGCGCGGGGUCGCGGCCCGGCGAGCCCCGGCUGUUCGGGGUCAGCCUCCAGGAGCUCCAGCAGCGGGGGCUGGCCGAGAACGGGGUGCCCACCGCGGUGAGGGGCGUCGUGGAGUACCUCGCCCGGCACGGGCUCACCCAGGAAGGCUUGUUCAGGGUAAAUGGGAACAUGAAGGUGGUGGAGCACCUGCGGAUGCAGAUGGAAAAUGGGGUGCAUCUGCAGCUAGGGGCACAGGGGGAGGAGCAGGUGCGUGCAGCCGCCAGCCUGCUGAAGCUGUUCCUGCGCCUGCUGCCGGAGCGUGUGAUCCCCGCCUCGCUGCAGCCCCGCUUCCUCCAGCUCCUGCAAGAUCGCAGCAAUGGUGUGCAGGAGACUAGCUUAAGAGACUUACUGAAAGAGCUCCCAGAUAGCCACUACAGCCUGCUCAAGUACCUUUGCGGGUUCUUGACACAAGUCGCUGCCAACCACGUGUACAAUCGAAUGGACAUUCACAACCUCGCCACCAUAUUUGGGCCAAACUUCUUUCAGUAA